AGUCACGGCAGGCGAUAGCGAGCGUGGAGAGGUAUCAACCAACUAUGUCUGCAUGGAGUUUGCAGUUGCGAUUUCGCCCUUGGAGGAGGAGGUCGGAGGACUGGCGCGUCAGUGAUGUCGUGCAUAGAAGCAAUAUACGACGGUGCCAUUGGCUAAGGCUGGCUCUCCGGCCCCGGAUCUGCAAGCUGGGGGGUGAAUGUCGGGCGUCAUGACGGAACGUGCCGACCAGCGUUCGCUCUGCGAAAUCUGAUGUGGCUGCGCUCUGAGGCCAAACUGUGGUCCUGGCCAUGGGGCCUGCACGGGUACUGGGUGGCAGCGGCUAGCUCCAUGAAGCACGUUAGUUCUGGGCGUAAGAUGAGAUGGAUGAUAGGCGACGGAGCGCAUGCUCGGCCAUGAUUCCUGCGUUCUACCUGCGAUGCGAAGGCAGGGCUAGACAUGCGGCGUCGUGAUGGUUACUGUGGUUAAAUGCUCGAAGGGGGCAGUUGUGGCAGGCUAAUUGCCUGUUUGUGGUGCGGAGGCUGGCGAGGCUGACGUUUGGGGAGAUUUACACAGCCUGCGGGCAACCGCGCUCAGGACCGGAUCGGGCAAGAGCGUUGGGUGAUGCGGCAUCAUCUUUGCUAAGAAUAUGCUCUACAACGGCGACGUUGAUCAGCUCAGCCGCCAUGGCACGGGGGGGGACGGAGCGCGUAAUGUGGUUCCGCCCCGCGCCGCUCAUGCCUGGUGGACGGGUAGACAGGUGUCGAUGCUUCUGUCCCGAUGGGGCGGCUCCAUGCAAACAGAGCGACCGCAACUUCCUCGUCGGUAGGGGCAGGCAAGAGCAACGGUACACGGCGAAGGAGCGUUCCGCGGGCUCGCAGGCGGCGGAUCCGUGGUUACGUGCCAUGCCAUGGGCGCCGACGUCGAGCACACCAAAACGCCAUGGUGGGACGGCGAAUGGCUCCCUUUGCUGGCCCAUCGCCCAAGCAGCCGCCGUAACGAGCUCCAUGUCUGCUGGCUCUGCUGGCUCUGCUGGCUCUGCUGGCAUCGUCGCCGUGCCUGGCCACAGACGCGCUCCAGUGGCUUUCUGGCGAUGCGCAGACGGGCGGCAGGGAUGCAAUUAA